GAGGAUGUGUGAGUCAGGGUGUGACUGCAAGCGGGAAAGUGAACGAAAAAGGGCAAAUGCGUGGGGCAUCAGGGGUGUGGACUGACUUUCAUUAUAAAAAGGACUAUAAAAAGUAAAGGUUUUAGAAAGUAGCGUUAUGCUGGACAACCACAGUAAGCAUCAUUACAGAGCAGGAGCUUACAAAUAUCUCACCGAUUGCUUGCCAGAAAUAUCUGCCAAUGGCCAAUGCUAUGUUGAGUGGAAUAGAUCUACAGUGUUAUGAGAAUAACCAUGCUCACCGAACCGAGGAGAUGGAUACAAAGCGUCUGAUAGUGCGCAGGGGUCAACCCUUCUCGGUGGUGCUGCUAUGUGCUGAGUAUACUUCGCUGCCUCCAGACUACUCGCUCAACCUCAUACUACACCUAGGUAAAAACAAUGAAGUAAUCCUAAAGGUGUCACAUUCAGAACAGGACCAUGGGAAAUGGUGGUUCAGUCAGCGUAAUGCUCAGGGUGAGGUGAUGCUGACUCUCCACAGUCCUGCUGACGCUCCAGUAGGUUUGUACGGCAUGACUGUGGUUCUCCUCUCAGCUGAGGGACAGAUUCUGGAGCAAACAAACCCUCGGUCCUUCUACCUGCUUUUUAAUCCCUGGUGCAAAGAGGACUCUGUGUACCUCCCCAGUGAGGAACAACUACAGGAGUACAUUUUAAAUGAAAAUGGGAUUGUGUACCAGGGCUCAUGGGAUGACAUCACCACCGUGCCCUGGAACUUUGGACAGUUUGAAAAAGAUGUGGUGGAUAUUUGCUUUGAAGUCUUGGACAAUUCACCUGCAGCGCUAAGGAAUUCAGAGAUGGACAUCAGCAACAGAGCAUGCCCAGUUUAUAUAAGCAGAACUGUUACUGCCAUGGUGAAUGCUAAUGAUGACCGUGGAGUGUUGUUCGGCCGCUGGGAUGGAAAGUACGAUGAUGGUGUGGCUCCCUCACGUUGGACUGGCAGUGUGCCCAUUCUGAGAAGCUGGAGUAGGAGUGGAGGACAAAUGGUGCGCUAUGGUCAGUGUUGGGUGUUCACAGGUGUGGCCUGCACAGUCCUCCGCUGUCUUGGCAUCCCAACCAGAUGUAUCACUAACUACUCAUCAGCUCACGACACAAAUGGCAACAUCACUAUUGAUUACCUAUUCAAUAAUCAGCUUAAAAGUAUAUCUGAAGGCAGGAAAGACACAAUCUGGAAUUACCAUUGUUGGGUUGAGUGCUGGAUGAAGCGUGAUGAUCUCCCAGUAGGUUACGAUGGGUGGCAGGUGUUAGAUCCAACGCCUCAGGAAAGAAGUGAUGAAUCCCACGUUCUCACAGGUGUCUUUUGCUGUGGGCCUUGUCCAGUUCAAGCAGUCAAGGAGGGAGAGCUGGGGUUGAAGUACGAUACUCCAUUUGUGUUCUCUGAAGUGAAUGCAGAUCUGGUCUUCUGGAUGGUCCAUCCAGAUGGGAAACGAACCCGAGUGUCACAAAACAGCAAAACUGUAGGGAAAAAAAUCAGCACCAAGAGUGUGUAUGGUGACACCAGAGAAGACAUUACGGCUAACUACAAAUAUCCUGAAGGUUCAGUGAAAGAACGAGAGAUUUAUAUUAAGGCAGGGAGACAAGUGGCUCAACAGACUGAAGGCCCAGGACAGCUUGAGCUCUUUAUUAAACACGCUCCGGCUAUCCACGGGACAGACUUUGAUGUGAUCGUAGAGGUGUAUAAUGCUGGUGCAAAAGAUACAGAUGCACAGCUCACAGUCACAUCGAAUGCAGUAACCUACAACAGUAUCGAUCGGGGAGAAUGCCAGAGAAAGACAACUACUCUCAACAUUCCAGCUAGCAAAGCUCAUAAAGAAGUUUUGCGACUAAAGUACGAUCAUUAUGGAGUAUGCGUGUCUGAACAUCACAUGAUAAGGGUCACAGCACUCCUCCAACACACUGAUCACGAGAGCAUCAUCCUGCAAGAAAUCAACAUUCCCUUGAAAAUGCCAGCGCUCCAUAUCAAAAUUGUCGGAAAAGCGUUUGUGUCACGUAAACUGACAGCACACAUCUCCUUUACCAAUCCCCUGCCUGUAAGUCUGCAAGGAGGGGUGUUUACUGUGGAGGGAGCAGGGCUAACUGAAGCAAGGGAAAUAAAAACACAUGGUAAAAUUGAACCUGGUCAGAAUGUGAUGGUUAAAUUGUCUUUCAAGCCUACCCGUGUUGGCCUGAGGAAACUGCUUGUCGACUUCGACUCAGACAGACUGAAAGAUGUUAAGGGAGAAGCCACUAUCAUUGUUCGUAAUAUAAAGAUAAAUAAUGCUUCUUUCCUGGAAAUGUAAACAAACAUGUAUUAUUUAAAACCAUGGAGUACACUGUUGAGUGUGUUGUAAAUAAUACUAUAAAUGCAAAAUAAUGGGUAACAAUUGUGUUCAUAACAUAUUUUGUAUUUUUUGUGUUUCAUUGGCUAUUUAUUUAUACAGAGUGUACUUAAUCUUGUUAAUGAUUACCAUCUGUUGUCUUUGCAUGCUUUUAUUCACAAUUUGAUUAUAAAAACAAAAUAAAUUUCUAUAUUUAAUAUUCUCAGUCACGUAAAUACACCUUAGCUUUUAAAGUAAACUUUUUAUAUGUUUGUAGCUUUUAAUGUUACGAUGACCAAUGCAAAUUAUGACAAA